AUGUUAUUUACAAGGGGACUGUCCCGUAUAUCGAGGACAUGUUACUGCCGGCGUCAAUGGGCUUUUUCUUCUUUACGUAAUAACGAGCAGCAAUUGAUCCAGCACCACAACCAGUUUCUCUCCCCCUCGCACUCUUCUGAAGAGGUUUGGCAUUUCAGAGGAAUUCAUUCUUUGGUUUCCAGUGCACUAAGUGGCGCGGGACAACAAGCUCCCGAUCAAAGUAGUUCUGUAAUUGAGGAGCAAUUAGAUCCAUUUUCUCUAGUUGCCGAUGAAAUGUCAAUUCUUGCGAAUAAUUUAAGGUCCAUGGUAGUUGCAAAGGUCCCAAAGCUUGCCACUGCUGCAGAGUACUUCUUCAAGAUGGGAGUAGAAGGAAAGAGAUUCCGACCCAUGGUUUUAUUGUUGAUGGCAACAGCUUUAAAUGUGCCAAUAUCUAUAAAACCUGCUGCUGCUACUGUUGAUACUUUGCCCACAGAAUUACGCUCAAGACACCAAUGUCUGGCUGAGAUCACAGAGAUGAUUCAUGUUGCCAGCCUCUGUCAUGAUGAUGUGUUGGAUGAUGCUGAUACUAGGCGUGGGAUUGGUUCAUUGAACUUCGUGAUGGGGAAUAAGAUAGCUGUAUUGGCCGGAGACUUCCUGCUUUCUAGAGCUUGUUUGGCACUUGCCUCUUUGAGGAAUACCGAGGUUGUAACCCUCAUGGCAACAGCUGUUCAGCAUCUUGUUAACGGCGAGACCAUGCAAAUGACCACUUCAGUUGAUCAACGUUAUAACAUGGAGUACUAUAUGCAAAAGACAUACUACAAAACCGCAUCACUGAUUUCAAAUAGCUGCAAGGCAAUUGCUCUUCUUGCUGGGCAAUCAGCGGAAGUUUCAAUUUUGGCUUAUGAGUAUGGCAAAAAUUUGGGGCUAGCAUAUCAAUUAAUAGACGACAUUCUUGACUUCACUGGCACAUCAACUUCGCUCGGGAAGGGAUCCUUGUCCGACAUUCAUCACGGCAUUAUUACUGCUCCAAUAUUGUUCGCUAUGGAGGAGUUUCCUGAGCUCCGGGCUGUUGUUGAUCGUGGAUUCGACAAUCCUGCGAAUGUGGAUCUUGCACUGGAAUACGACCCUUUCUCAGCACCUUAUGUCUGA